UCGUUCUCUCACAUCGAGAAAGCGAGUGUGUUUUUGGCGAAGAAGGGAAGAUCAAGAGAAAUGGAGAAGAGCAGCGGAAGAAAGGUGAUGGAUGAGAUUAUAAGCUUCGAGAAGCUUCCAUUGUUCGAUUUGGGGCACCCUCUCCUCAACCGCUUCGCCGACUCCUUCGUCAAAGCCACCGGCAUCGGAGCUUUACAAGCCGUGUCGAGGGAAGCUUACUUCACGGCCGUUGAAGCGGCAGGACUAGACUCCAACAACGUGCUUUCGCCUCCUCCUUCGGAAGUGACGGCCUCCAAGAAACAUCGUUUCCCUAACCUCAGAGGAGAAAGCAGCAGCAAAUCACUUGAAGCAUUGGUGAAGAACACUGGGAAGGAAUCUCUACAGUGGGGGCUGGCUGCAGGUUUGUACUCGGGACUCACCUAUGGCAUGACGGAGGCUCGUGGAGUUCAUGAUUGGAAAAACAGUGCGGUGGCGGGAGCGUUGACGGGUGCGGCCAUGGCCAUGACGUCGGAGAGGACGAGCCAUGAACAGGUGGUCCAGUGUGCUCUCACCGGAGCCGCCAUCUCCACCGCUGCAAAUCUGCUUUCCGGCGUUUUCUGAAUCUGUAGAAGCCACUAUUAUGAUAAAAAAAAAAAAGACAGUUUCUCUUUGUAUUGUUGGUCGGUCUUUGUUUUUUUUUUCUCCACAUUGCAGUUGGAAUUUUGGGUUUUCCUGAUAAAACGAUCAAUCGGAUAUUAUGCAUGCGAUGUUGCAAAAAAAAAAUCAAUUUCGUA